AUGCUGCGCGUCUUCUACCUCACGACGGCUCUCAUCAACAUGCUGCUCUGGCUGCGCUGGUGGCACGUCGGCUACGCCAGAACGGAUGAUGCGCCCAUCGUGACUUGCCCUUCGUGGCUUCCGGCGUCCGCCGUGCUCGCUCUGCGACGGCGGCCGAUGUACUACACGCUGUGCCGCGCCGGUCCGCUGACGAUGAUCACCGCGGCCGCCUGGCCCGACGUGUGGAUGAUUCGCCUCGGUGCUGCCGCGUGGCACUCACUCUACGUCCUCGCAGAGACCUCCUGCACCCACUCGCACCGAGACCACGCGUCGCUGUACUCUGCCUGGGCGCUUGCUCUGCUGCCCGCGCACCUCGCGCAUGGCGUCGCUCUCGGCGUGUGCGUCCACUUUGUGGCCUCGAGCGGCUUUGCCAAGCUUCACGUCGCGGGCGGCGCUGCUGCCUGGGCCGAGCCCUCCACCCUCGCGUCCAUCCUGCGGCAGUACAACUCGCUGCCCAUCCGCGAGGGCGGGCCGCUGCUCCCGCGGGCGAGCGCUCUACUCGUGCGCCAUCCGCUCCUCGUCGCCACCCUCUCCGCCUUCACGCUCGUCUUUGAGUGCGCGCUGGUGCCCGCCGCGCUGCUGCUGCCGCUCGCGCUGCGGCCGCUCCUCGCGGCGGUGUCGUGCAUGCUGCACGUCGGCAUCGCGGCGGUGCAGAGCCUGGACAUCGGGCUCUACUUUCUGCCAAACCUGGGCACCUACUGCCUCGGAUUUGGCUCGUCCGUCCCCCUUGGCUCGCCCGGCUGGUGGUGCGCGAUCGCCGUGUGCGCCGCCUCCGCGGCGCCGCUCCUCGUCCGGCGGAGGCUGGUUGCCGAGGACUGGCCGCUGACGCCGUUCGCGCUCUUCGCCUGGUCGGGCCCGCAGUGGCGAUCCCUCUUUGCUCGCCUGGUCGACGGCGACACGCGGCUUGUGCUCGGCGCACGCGCGCCUCCGCAGCCCGGCCAGGUGGUCGUGCCGGCGGCGGGGCUCGAGGGGCGGCGGCCGGCGGCGGGUGCGGGGGAGGUGGCGUACGACGGGUGGGAGCAGGCGGUCGGUGAGACGCUCGUCUUCAACGAGGUGCUGCGCGGGCUCGACUGGGAGGCGAUGGCGGCAGGAGGGCGCGCCGGAGGCUGGGCGCCGAGGCUGGCGGUCGCCGUCGAAAAGUGGCUGGCGGGCGGGCGGCUCGUGCUCGCCGGGACGGGCGAGCCCCUCCGCUACGCCUCGGUGGUGUCGGUGCGGAAGGAGGAGGGCGGCGGCGGCUUGGAUGUGGUGUGCGAGGUGCUGGCGACGGGUAAAGGGGAGGGGAAGGGGCUGUAG